UUCAAGAUGACUAAGAAAAGAAGGAACAACGGCCGUGCAAAGAAGGGUCGUGGUCAUGUCCAGCCCAUCCGCUGCACCAACUGCGCCCGCUGCGUCCCCAAAGACAAGGCCAUCAAGAAGUUCGUCAUCAGGAACAUUGUGGAGGCCGCCGCAGUGAGGGACAUCUCAGAGGCCAGCGUGUUCGACUCGUACGUGUUGCCCAAGCUCUACGUGAAGCUGCAUUACUGCGUCAGCUGUGCCAUCCACAGUAAAGUGGUGAGGAAUAGAUCCCGCGAGGCUCGCAAGGACCGAACACCACCUCCUCGAUUCAGGCCUAGUGGUGCUGCACCCAGAGCUCCACCAAAGCCCAUGUGAAUCAGUUCAUCUUCACAUCCUGUGCAUUUUCAUGCAGAAAAAUAAAACGGAAAAUAUCUGAAACAGA